GCCCAAGCUCUAACUGCACUCUCUCUCUCUCUCUCUCUCUCUCUCUCUCUCAAGUCUGCUACCAAACUGCAAAGUCAGAACAUUCACAGAGAUUCAAGUUGAUGGCCUGUCAAGUGGGAAGAAUCUAUAUGCAGACAGGUUUAUCAAUAUUGGAGAAUGAUGUCCUUGAAAGUUCAUAUCCUACUCUUGCACCUUGUGCAAUCCAGAGGUGGAGCAGUGAGCCUAGUUUAAGUGGACAAGCUUCAAAGAUUGGUUUAAGUUCUUCAACAAAAAGAUAUGGUUGGAAAAUACCAUUUGCCUUGGACACUGGUGGGGUUCCUGGAAAUGGUGACAGCCCUGAUCUCGGUGGUACUCGACUGGGCAGGAUAGUGAGUGCAGGUGGCAGACAGCUACUAGAAAAGUUGAACUCGACAAGGAAGAACUUUCCCAUGAAGGUAUUUCUCCUCCUAUUCGGAUUCUAUACUGCAAAUGCAUUGGCAACUAUUCUUGGACAAACAGGUGAUUGGGACGUAUUAGUUGCCGGGAUUGUUGUUGCUGCUAUCGAGGGGAUCGGUAUGCUUAUGUACAGAAAGCCCCCUUCUUUAAGAACUGGAAGAUUGCAGUCAUUUGUGGUAAUGGUUAACUAUUGGAAAGCUGGGGUGUGCCUAGGUCUUUUUGUUGAUGCUUUUAAGUUAGGUAGUUAACAUGAACUUGUUGUUUUGGGUUGGAGUCUUCUUUUUCAAUGUACUUUGCAUGUCUUAUGGCAGCUCUGGCUCUGUUGAUAGAUUUUCAACUAGGUGAGAAAUGCUUCGUAACUUUUGACGUCGUAU